ACCAGUUACAGUAGUCAACAAAGCCUAAAUACAGUAGUCUUUUUAAAGACAAGAGAGAGGCUCUUCUGUAACGGCUCCACGUUUUGACUACAAUGGCGGAAGAUGAAAUCGUAGUCGAAGAAGAGCAAUCACCGGAGGAGGUAAUAGCUCUACCAUCUGAUUUGCCUUCUUCUUCACCGUCGUUUGUGGUGGAAGAAGACGAUGACAUGAAGCUCAAGCACUUGGAAUUCAUCCAAGUCGCGGCGGUCUACUUCGCAGUCUGUUUCUCGACGCUCUACGAGUUCGCUAAAGACAACGCUGGUCCCCUCAAACUCGGUGUAGAGAACAUCGAAGCUUCCGUCCAGACCGUGCUCUCGCCAUUAUACGACAAAUUCCACGACGUUCCUCUCAAGCUUCUCCUCUUCGUCGAUCGUAAGGUGGAUGAUGUGUUCUUCGAUGUUGAGCCAUACGUUCCUUCCUUGGUGAAGCAAGCUUCAAGCCAAGCGCUAACGGUGGCCUCGGAGGUGCAACGCGCAGGCGUCGUGGACACAACCAAGAACAUCGCGAGGAGCGUCCGGGAGAAGUACGAGCCAGUGGCGGAACAUUACGCAGUGACGCUGUGGCGCUUGCUGAAUCAAGUGCCGUUGUUCCCGGAAAUUGCUCAGCUAGUGAUCCCCACGGCGUUUUACUGGUCAGAGAAGUACAACGAUGCUGUUCGUUACGCCGGCGACAGAGACUACUACGUGGCAGAGUAUCUACCGAUGAUUCCUAUUGAGAAGAUCUCUGAUAUUUUGGAACACGAUCAAUGUCGAGCUGACUACUUGCACUAAUGAAGCCAAAGAUUCCUUCCUUUUUAAGCAUUUACAUGUACUCUGUUUUUCUCUUUCCUUUCUGCAAUUUUUGCUAUGCUAUCUCAAGAUGCAAUCUUUUCUUUGA